AGUCCUCGAUGGCCCUGGCCACAUACUCAAAAUACUUUCCUUCUUCAGCGGUUCCAAUAAACAACAUGAAUUCACAGAACCCAUAUUUAAGGAUCGAUUCAGAUGGCAAUGCCAACCACUUCAUUUUCAACACUUUUGUCCCCCUCAACUUCAAAGUAUGAAUCAACACCCCGAUUGAUCAUCGCCUGCAACAGCGUUCGUUAAUAGUUUUUCGUUAGUGAUGAUAUAUUGUGGGUCUUAUGAGUGUGGGUCUUAUGAUACCUUAAGGACUUUGAUACAUUUGAAAUGUGGUGGUGCUGAUGGGAUCACAAAACUGAGCAAAAUGACAGAAGUUGUAGCAGAACUCGAUUUGAAUCAACAGCCUUUGCAUGACAUAGAAGAGCGAAUUAGACGCCUAGAAGGCAUAAUUUUCAGAGUUAGGCAGCGGCAGAGGUGGUGCCGUAGUGAUAGUCCUGUCCGAAUGACUACAUUCGCCGGAGAAGUGUUGGUUGAUGGGGUUCAAGAUGAAGGCAGACCACAGCUGGAAGAAGUAGAGGCCGGAGAUGAUGUCAAAGAAAAUGGUAAUGUGGAAAGCAGCAGUUGUAGGGGCAAAAGGAAGGCAUCUGCAUAUUUGGUUGCUAAGGCGCUGGGGAUGGAAACUAACACCGAUAAGGCAAAGGGACGCGCAGGAAACUAUUUUGAUUGUAACAUAUGCUUGAAAAUGGCAAGAGAUCCUGUUUUGACUUGCUGCGGUCACUUGUUCUGCUGGCCCUGCUUCUUUCGCUUGUCGUAUGCUUAUGCAAAUGCUAGGGAAUGCCCUGUAUGUGAAGGAGAGGUCAUGAUCACAUGCAUUACUCCAAUUUAUGGAUCUGUAGGUGUCAAUGACAGUGAUCAGCUAGAAUCAGAAGAGAAUGGUUGUGAAAUUCCUGCUCGACCUUGUGCGCGCAGAGUUAAGGUUAGCAAGGUGAAGUGUUUCAGAAACCGUGGUUUUCCAAUAAAUAAUCCCCGUACUUCAGCUCAAAGUUCAAGUACAGUAAUCCAAGGAAUCGCCUUACCUUCACCGCCAAUCACUCCGCCGCAAAGACCUUUAGAGGGACUUGAUUCCUAUCUUGGAAGUGACUCUGAAGGAAGCACCAUGCAGCUGAAUCAUAAUGCUGCUUCGAACCAUUCAGAGUCACAUAAUCAAAAUGUUAUUGCUGCAGCCGCCACAUCUUCUGUUACUCCUUUGACUAUGAAUGAUGAUGCUAUUGCUAUUACAGAUUCCAGUACACAAAUCACCAAUAGUAGUGGACAGAUUAUUUCUUCCGACCGUUCAUCUCUAGUCGAAUUGAUGUAGUUUUAAGACGAUGAGUUUCAAACGAGCCCAGAAACAAAACAUUUACAGGAAGGUCCUCUAUUUAAGUAUACUACAAUAUGUUAAUAGCCAAUUUCAGAACCAUUUUGUGAAAUUUAUAUGAUGUGCAAAGCCGUUUUUAUUUGACAGAUAUGUACAUCUAUAUAAAAACAGCAGCAGGAUUUCUGCUUGUGGUCAUUGGUUAUAAUUUGUAAUACGCAAAGAAGAAUAUGCAUGAGUGUUUUAUAGAU